GCUACCUUCAUUUUCCAUUGUAAUUGUAAACAAUCAGUUUACUAUGUGCGACAAUGGAAUUUUCGUUUUCGGCUCAAAAAUAUUUCCAGAGGAGAAACGCGACGCCAUUUCUCGACUGCCUUUGGAACUGUCUUGGAAAAUAUUCUCCUAUUUAGACGACGUAGCCCUUCGAAACGCGAGCAGGGCUUACAAGAAAUGGCACUGGAUUAUUUUCUCACACUUAGAAUUGAAAAGACGGCUCAACCACUUCGAGUUUGUGAUCAAACUUGGUUCAGAAAGUUUAGUCACUUUCCAUAGAAGAAAUAGGAGGAUAUUGAAGAAAGUCAGGAGACAUUUUCUACCAACUAGCAGUGCUGUUUUGAAAUCUACGAAAACAACCGUCAACUCAAAGCGAGGUGGAGAUGAAAUUGUAGUUUGUACGAAGCGAUUUAAGUUAUUUUAACAAAUUUUUUAGGUAAUAAGCACGGAUUUAAUAUAGAAAAGGUCCGUGUGUAUCAACUUGUGCAAAGCCACAAUUAAUGGCGCACAACAAGUGAGAAGCUAAUUUAGUUUUCCGUUAGAAAGUGGUGGAGUCAUAAUGAAACCGAUUCCCCACCCACCUGCCUCAGCCCCCAAUAUCUUAACACAAGUUUUGUUAGAUUAAACUCAAUAAGGCGUCGCCUCUUUGUUUUUUGCUUUAUGGUAAUAAUGAAGGAUUAUAUCAAUAAAUCAUGAUAUUAUUAACAAUAUUUUGUAUUCACUCACAAUGACUAAGUAAUAACUUGUAUUAUUUUUUAUAUUAAAAUAUUGUAAACA